AUGCGUGACAAAUCAAAACGCAUGUGGGAUGAACAAUCUAAACGCAGAUCAGAAUAUGAACACACGUUGCUACAAUCUGCUACGGAAUGUCAAGGGCAAAAGGAAGUACCAAAACAAUGCUUUUGCAGAGAUGGUGAAUGGAGGCUGCGCCAAGGACGUCCCGCCUGGCUUCUAAAGUCCAGUCUAAUCGGAGGGCACGCGUUUGAAGGAGAAACCUUUAACGGCGUUGGCGGCGAGGAUUGCGGAGAGUCGUCCUUCUGUGGUGGUUGGGCCACCGUCAUCGGCGGCGCAAGAGGGGUUGUGAGAGGGCUUGGUGGUGAUAGAGAGCUCGAGAUCGGAUAUGCGGCCGAGGAUUCGGCCGAAAGGGUACGUAGGAACCGUGGGGCUGGUAGUCGCAAUUUGUCAACUAGUGCCACGAUUGCUCGUUCGCUUCUGUCACUAGUCGGAGCCGCGAUUGCCCGUCCGCUUCUAUCACUCGUCGAAGUUGCUUCUGUCAGUCGUUGGAGUUGCGAUUUAGGGUUGUCGUAUUUCAUGCUUUUAUCUAUAGUGAGUGAAUAA